UGAAAUUAUCGACAAAACGACGUCGAAAAAUGGAGAUUCUGAAAGCUGAAACGACACGUGUCAAUUCCAAACAAUGUACAACCGACACUUGUCAGUUCCUACCUGCCUGUCUGCCUUGCCUUUCUUGAACAGCAGGUGAAAGAAAAGAAUCCCGCUUUCCAGUUCUAACAAACGAAACAAACUGCACGCGCGCACACAUUUUGCUCAAGCCAAAUCAACAGAGAACCCACUAAAUUUUUCAUAAAAUUAAACAAAUUUCUUCGAUCGAAGCUGCUGAUUCUGUCAAUUUUCCUCGUUUCGUGAAAGAAAUGGCGAGAAACGAAGGAGGAGGAAGUGGAGAGUCCGCGCCUCGGUUAUCGUCGAGCUCCAGAUUAAGAACAGGGCCAGACCCCUUUUUGGUUGCGUGUAGAUGCUUCAGCUUCGUUACUGCUCUCACUGCCAUUCUCUGCAUUGCCGUUAACGUUCUUUCUGCCGUUCGGUCCUUUAGGGACGGAUCCGAUGUAUUCGAUGGGAUAUUUCGGUGUUACGCGGUGGUGAUUGCGUUUAUUGUGGUGGUUGCCGAGACGGAGUGGGGAUUUAUCACCAAGUUCUGGAAGGUGUUGGAGUAUUGGGCUGGUAGGGGUAUGCUGCAGAUCUUUGUUGCAGUCAUGACAAGAGCUUUCCCUGACUAUUCAGCAAGCCAAAAGGAUCUUAUUCUUCUGCAAAAUAUAGCAAGCUAUAUGCUUCUUGCUUGUGGUGUGGUCUAUGUUGUUUCGGGAAUUCUAUGCAUUGGUUUUCUCAAACGUGCUCGCCAGCAGAAGGAAAUUACAAGGGAGCAGGCAGUCAAGGAUCUGGAGGAAUUGGAGCGGCGGAGGGAGGAACUUGAACAAUUGCUUGUGGCAGAAAGAGUUUGAUGCCAUUGGUGUGAGUAUUAUUUUUCAGAUAGAAGAAGCUAGUGAAGUGAUUUCAACGAGCCCCAACUUUGCGAAUCUAAUAUUUGUAUGCUUUUGUCAAUUUCAUUGAUUGAUUAUGUUAGAUGUUUUUGAGGCUGGAUUUUAAUUUUUUUAGAGUUGUAUAGUUCACGUGAAAGGCAUGCAAUCAAUUCUUUUUUAUAAUUGUGUUUCCAAUUAGUUAGGCCUUUAGUAUCCUUGUGUUUCAUUGUCAAGUGCACUGCAUAUUGAAUUAAGGUUGCUCUUGAUUUCUUAUUUGCGUA